AUGUGUGGACGCACACCGGAGGAGGUAACAAAAAGCAAAGAGGUCUGGGGACAGUACACCGAGACUGGUGAGCGUUUGGGGUCCGCCUGCCGCGUGGACAAGGAGACGGUCGAGGAAGGGUGGCCAGGUCUGCCGUUCCAGGAUGCAUCGAAGCUCUGGCACUCCAAGGAGCAGAAAUCCUUGGCCUUCCGAACCGAAUACGCGACGGCACGCAGAAUCAAGAAAGACACAGGCAUCCUGCAGAAAAGAUUUAACCCCUCCAGCACCGUGCAGACGGGCAAGAUCAGAUUCAGGAUGGUGUUUCAUGAUAUUGGGUUCCUCACGGAUGCUGAAUUUGCUAGUGUGGUGGGUGCAUCAAGCUCGAGCUUGAAGCUCAAGACCCACCGGGGCCGGGAACAGAUUGAAGACAGAGAAGAGAGCGUCCAGGGUGUCUAUGUGAGCCUGAGAGAUCUCCCGGACGGUUUGCUAGGAUGGAUCCGCAAGGUCCGGAGUGGGUUCUUGGUCCAAGUCCAGGCGCAGGACAAGCGACUCACCCCAGCUCAUCAAAUCAGACAGGGCCAAGGGCAGGUCCUCUUCGAUCAUUUUUCUGAGGUCCUCCUGAACUCUACCGAGAGCGCGAGCAGGUCCAAGCACCGCCCGUCUCUCCCGAAGAUUCCGUCGCUCAUCGAGCAGCUGAACAGUCUGCAGGAGGAGAAGGAAGCGGCGGAGCAGGCAGAGCAGGAGGAGGAGAACGAUGGCCAAGAGGGCGAGCAUGGAGAGGAGGAGGAAAACUUCAUGGAGGACCCCUGUAUCGGACUCGACGAGGAGUUGCCCAAGAACGACCAGCACUCCGUGAUCUCCUCCCAGUUGAAGCUGCGGCCAGACUUGCUGGCUGGUGCUGCAGGCUCAGUGGCCGGAUCCUUUGACCAGCCCAUGAAAGCGAAGCAGACAUCCAGCAAGGCCCGGAGAAAGAAGAAGGACAUUCUGGAGGACGACGACCAGGCCAGUGCAGAAGCGGAGGAGGCCACGCAGGUUGAUCCAUCCGAGAUUCCUCAGUGGAUGAAAGACGAUGACGUGCUGUCCCAGGUGGUGAAGAAGUUGGGCAAAAUUCACAAAUGCUUCCAUCAUCUCAAUCCCCGUACCGGCUUCGAGCAGCGACUGGCCCUAGGACACCAGUUGCGAGGAGUUGCUCGUCAUGUCAUCAUGACAUCCGCGCUGCCAGUUGACUAG